CAAAAAUACAGCAGGGAAUGAACCGCGUGCACAGCCGACUCCUCCUCGAUUUCUCUAGGGUUUCCUCUCCCAUUCGAGCCGACUUCGUUCCCUUCCUCUUCGUCGCCAUCCACCGCCGAAGUCGAGCCCCUACUUGGGCUUCGUCGCCAUCUCCGACUUCCUGUGAGUCGCCAUCCACCGCCGAAGAAGACCAUCUCCGACUUCCUGUGACUCGCCAUCCACCGCCAUCCAUCUUCGACUUGGGCUUCGUCGCCAUCUCCACAAAAGACCAGCUCUGACUUCGUUUUCGUCGCCAUCUCCGCAGAAGACCAUCUUCGAUUUCGAGUUUCACACCACCGGCGCAUCUUCAUCUUCUUCCACGUGAACGAUCUUGGUCUUCGACCAUCGAUCUGGAGUCUUCGUCCACCGGAAGAGAUCUUGUUCUCUGUUUCAGCGAGUGAUCUUGGCCUCUGUUUCAGCGAGCGAUCUUCGUGUUCGCCAUCUCCGCCGAAGUCGACCUUCGAUUCCGACUUGCAGACCGCCGUUCAUCCUGGUCGCCAUCUUCGUCCACGGUUGAGAAACUGUGUUUCAGAUGCACGGAGUUUCUGAAAAAAUGGACAAGUCACUGACUGCAGAAACGAAUAGUGCAAGAGAUUGAUAGAGAAAGCAAGUGGUGAUGAAUCAGGCAGCGGUAAAGGGGUUGCUGGUGCUGAUGGCACUGUGCUUGGUUGGCUACAUCCUUGGGCCACCACUCUACUGGCACUUCAUGGAAGGGUUGGCUGCCGUCAGUCACUCCUGCCCCUCCUGUCAAUGCGAUUGUUCUUCUCAGCCCCUCCUCACCAUUCCCCAAGGACUGACCAAUGCUUCAUUUGGUGAUUGUGCAAAGCAUGAUCCUGAAGUGAGCGAAGACACAGAGAAGAGUUUUGCUGAGCUUUUAUCAGAGGAACUGAAGCUGCGGGAAGCUGAAGCUUUGGAAAGUCAGCAGCGUGCUGACAUGGCACUGCUUGAGGCCAAGAAGAUAACAUCCCAAUAUCAGAAAGAGGCAGACAAAUGCAAUUCCGGGAUGGAAACUUGUGAAGAAGCAAGGGAAAAAGCUGAAGCAGCUCUAUCAGCACAAAAGAAACUAACUGCAAUUUGGGAGAUAAGGGCCCGGCAGAGAGGAUGGAAAGGAGUUGCCAAAUCUCGCACUCAAUCCCAGGGACAUGUUCAAGAUGUGUGAAGAGCUGAUGAUGCCUAAAGUAUGCUGUCUUGCGAACGGGUAUGCGACAUAUUUCUCUAAUUUCCAUGUCUGACCGCAAAGCGGGAUGAAGUUUUUAUGAAUUUGAUCAACAAGGUUGAAUUGUCUCAUCCAUUCUGAUUACUUUUUAAGCGUUUGUAAGUGAAGUAUCAAUUUGUUUCUUGGCCUUCAACAUGGCCAUUUAUCAGCAAACCAUUGCCCCAUCCCUAACCCUUAAUUAAGGGAGUCCCACUUGUAAGAGUUUGAGUAGUUGUCAUAUGUCUGUUAUUAUCUUAAGAUGCCAAACCAAUACUGGAUUGUAUUUGAAAGUUUGGGAAUAUUGUGCUUAUUGAUGUAGCCCCCUAUUUUUUGGAAAAAAAUAUAAUUGGAUA